CCUCACCCGGGCGAGAGAGAAAGAAGCCCUCGCACGGAUGUAUCGGAAGAGACAUCGCAAAUGGGACCUCGCUGUGAAAAUUCUCUCAAGGCCAUUACGCGGAAGUUUGUCAAGUGGGUUGCUCGUGGUGAAGCGGUGAAUCUGAACGAUGCGGCCUCGGUUCUUUGCGUGUCGAAGCGUCGGCUCUACGACGUUGUCAACGUCCUCGAAGGCGUUGGUAUAAUAGAGAAAUGUGGCAUGAAUAAGGUACGAAUGAGGGAUGGAGUUGAAGAUGCUAGUCACUCAUCGGACCUCUUCUCCGAAUGUGCCGUAUUACAACAGCUCGAAGUCGAAAUCGACCAAAAAGUUCAUAAAUUGCUGAAAGCGCUGGAAAUGGACACGAUUGACAAUCACUAUGCAUACAUACGUAUGCAAGAUCUGCGAUCUUCCCAUACUUUUACAGAUAAGACUUUGAUAAUUGUAAAGAGUUCGGCCGAGACAAACAUCAGAACCUCUCUUACCGAAUCAUCGAACACGGCACAAAGUCAGGUAAAAUUCGAGGCCAAUGGGAGCGCAACGCUCCAGGGAUUCCUGUCUCCUGCUGGCUCAUAUGUGCAUUCGGAUUUUGAACAGCAUUUGUUUAAAUGUGAAUGUACGAAUUUCUGCUAUGGCCCGGCUUCUGCUACUGCUGGUCUUGGCUGUGUGGUCAAUGGGGAGGCUACUGGUCUUGGCUGUGUGAUCAAGGAGGAACCUACUGAUUCAACUGCUUUGGAGGUAAAAUUCUUUCCCUGCUUGAUGACUAUAUUUUUGUUUAGAGAACAGCUUUUCACUUUUCUAACCAAAUAA